AUGGCGGUGGUGGACAUUUCUUCCAACCCUCUUACCCCCGAAAUUCUCGAAGUUGUGCGAAACCAUGCUGCUUCCAGCAUCCUCGAUGCGGUCGCCGACGCCGCCCUCUCGCCGCGCCUCACAGACAGGCUUUUCGUUCACUUCGAAGCCAUCUUCGCCGACAUAUGUGCGCGGUGGAUCCUCCAACAUACCAAAUCAAACCGGAAAGGCUCUAUCCUAGCCGCAUUCGCGCGUAUACUGCCAUUCGCACCAUACCUUUCCAUUUUUCUCGAACAAUUCCUGGCCCAUUCCCGGCCCGAGCAACCUGGUUUGCCAAUCCUUACCCCUACUAACCUUCAGUCUUGGUCCGCCAAUCCCGAUGACUAUAUUUCACUUCAGAACAUCUUGCUUGCCGUCUGGAGACUCAACAGCUUUGACCAGCGAACCUAUGGCUCCCUACUAUCCCCCUCCGACGCGCAAGAGCUAUUCCACCAUGGAAACCGGGCGGUUCGGUAUCUCGCGAUACGAAUAUUCUGCCAGCUGCUGCAGGCUUCCGAUUUCAAGCUUGAAUCUCUCGUCCACGAGCAUCUCGGAACCGCCGAUCCGAUCACCGGAGACCUGGAUGGUCGCGAGAUCGACCUCGGGUUCUUAUCCCUCCACGAGCACGCGCGUGUGAACGAACUAGAUUCGCUGCGAACAGAUAUAGCACGUCUGGAGGUGCAGGAAAUCCAGCCGGUGGUGUCUCAAAGCCUCACCCAACAUGUCGUAUCUUAUGGUCGAGUGACGCUUCCACGGCUAGGAAGCCCCACCGAGAAGAACUCGCCGUUAGUCGUUACGGCCACCGUACAAGAAAAUCUUGAACACCUCGCAAAAUUAUUACAAAGGCCUGGAUCCAUCCUUCUCCAUGGACUUCCUGGUUCUGGGAAGACAUCGGUCAUCCAGGAGCUUUCCAGAGAUCUUGGGAUGAAGUCUGAUAUGGUUACUCUUCACUUGAACGACCAAACCGAUGCUAAGAUGCUUAUCGGCCUCUAUACGACAGGCUCUAAACCGGGGAGCUUUGAGUGGCGACCAGGUGUGCUGACCAAGGCCGUCAAGGAGGGAAGGUGGGUCCUUAUCGAAGAUUUGGAUCGUGCCCCUGCCGAGGUGGUUAGCUCGCUUCUACCGCUCGUUGAGCGAGGGGAGCUUCUCAUCCCCAGUCGUAGCGAGAAGAUCAAAGCGGCCAGCGGAUUCCGCCUCUUUGCCACAGUACGGACAUCCAAGGGCAUGAAUGGCCAGGAGACUCUCCCGCACCUGUUAGGCCUUCGCUUUUGGCAGCAGCUUAGCAUACGCCCAUUGCCUGAGCUAGAGAUUGAGCAGAUAAUACGUGGCGCAUUCCCCAUUCUGGACAAGCUUGUACCCCAGAUUCUUUCCGUCUUCCACCACCUAGCGCGUACAGCCUCCAUGCCCUCCAUGGCUACGUCAAGUCGUGGGAUAGUCCGCCAGAUGACACUUCGUGAGCUCCUCAAGUGGUGUCGCAGACUGCAAGACCUUCUGAACGCCUCGGGGACGGCGUUGACUAUCAGUGAAGUAGUCAGAGAACGAAUGUUUAUGGAGGCAGUCGACUGCUUUGUUGGCCAUCUCCCGGAGAGCAAGGGGCGAGAUGAGCUGGUCUUCGCCAUUGGCGAGGAGAUGCAUAUGGCUAGGGCGUGGGUGGAACACCAGAUGACUGGUUAUGUUCCGGCCUUGAAGGAUAGCGAUUCGCACUUCCGCAUCGGACGCACCGCGAUUGAAAAGCACAAGAAUCCGGCGCUCCAGCGCUCUAAACGACCAUUUGCGGACACAACGCAGGCCAAGAAGCUUCUUGAACAGCUCACUCGUUCAGUCCAGCUAAAGGAACCCGUGCUACUAGUCGGUGAGACGGGUAUUGGGAAAACGACCGUCAUUCAGCAACUCGCCGAUAUCGUUGGCCGAAAAGUAGUCGCUGUUAACCUUUCCCAACAGAGCGAAGUCGGUGAUCUCUUGGGAGGCUUCAAGCCUGUUAACUCUCUAAACCUCGCUAUUCCACUCAAAGACGAGUUUGACGAUCUCUUCAGGGCUACGGGUCUUGCUGCAAAGAACCAGCCUUACCUCAACCGAAUCGCCAAGUAUAUCACAAAACGCCAAUGGACCAAGGCCUCGAAGAUGUGGGUAGAAGGUGUAGAUCUGUUUCGAAAACUUUUGCAAGUGGAGCAGAAGCGCUCUCGCGAAAACGGCGAGCCACCCGCGAAGCGCCAAAAACAGGAUGCUCCUUCGAGGCUUGGGCACCUGGUCGAUAUCAAGACGAGGUGGGAAGAGUUCUCCAAAAAUUUAGAGGUCUUCAAUGCCCAAGUAUCUGGGAAUAACAGUGCUUUCGCCUUCUCUUUUGUGGAAGGCAACAUCGUCAAGGCUGCUAGGAACGGAGAUUGGGUUCUCUUGGACGAAAUUAAUCUGGCUUCCUCCGAUACCUUGGAGAGCAUCACUGACCUUCUCACGGAUCCUGGAGAGACUCCAUCCAUCCUGCUUUCUGAGACGGGUGAGAUCGAGCGCAUCAAGGCGCACCCAAAUUUCCGCAUCUUUGGUGCGAUGAACCCGGCUACCGAUGUCGGCAAGCGGGAUCUUCCAGUGGGCAUUCGGUCAAGGUUCACUGAGAUCUAUGUCAACAGCCCGGAUCGUGACUACAAGGAUUUACUCAAAGUUGUCAAGGCCUACCUACAAAUCAAGAGCGCCAAAGAUGAACACGCGGCCGACGACAUAACGAGGCUGUAUCUCAACACUAAGCGCCUAGCUGAUGAAAAGAGGCUGGUAGAUGGUGCGAAUGAAGUCCCUCACUUUAGUUUGCGAACGCUCACCCGUGUCUUGAGCUACCGGAACCUGCUCAACUUGGUGCGGGCUACUUCAAAUGCGCGGGACGGCGGUUUCCCCGUGCUUAUCCAAGGCCCCACGUCUGCGGGUAAGACGAGUAUGAUCGAGUAUUUGGCAAGUUAUAGCGGGAACAAAUUUGUCCGAAUCAACAACCACGAACAUACCGACCUUCAGGAAUAUCUAGGUACUUAUGUCUCGGGAUCUGAUGGCAAAUUGCGGUUCCAAGAUGGGCUGCUUGUGCAAGCUAUGCGCAAGGGCUACUGGAUCGUCUUGGACGAGUUGAACCUUGCCCCGACCGAUGUGCUCGAAGCUCUCAACCGCUUGCUGGAUGAUAAUAGGGAGCUUUUGAUUCCGGAAACCCAAGAGAUUGUCAAACCCCACGAGAACUUUCGUCUUUUUGCUACCCAGAACCCCCGGCUGCAUUUUGAUGACAUACCAGAGGAUGAGCUCGAGUACAUCCUUCAGAAGCGAAACAGCUUUGCGACGCUGCGUGACCUCUUUAGAUGGACGCUUCGUAACGCAGAGACCCGUGAAGAGAUUGCGGCAAACGGCUUCAUGCUUCUCGCUGAGCGUGUUCGAAACGAGGCUGAGCGUAUUGCGGUGAAGGAAAUCAUCGAAAAGGUGUUUAAGGUCAAGAUAAACCUCGAUGACUUGUACUCAAAAUCUUCGCCGGCGCUACGCCAUCUCCAACAGAACCGCCAAGGCGUGGUGUGGACACAGGGAAUGAGGAGGCUUUACCUUCUUGUCGCUCAGGCCAUCCGCAACCACGAGCCGGUCCUACUUGUUGGCGAAACUGGUUGUGGUAAGACGACCGUCUGUCAAGUUCUCGCCGAGGUGCUGGGAAAGGAGCUUCAUAUUGUUAAUGCCCAUCAAAACACUGAAACGGGAGAUAUCAUUGGUUCUCAGCGACCAAUUCGAAACCGGGCAUCCAUACUUGAGGCUCUCCAUUCAGCCCUCCAGUCAGCUCUGGAGCUCCUAGGACAGGACCCUCAGGGAACAACAAAUGAGUUGUUGGAUAGGAUUCGUAAACUUCCUGCGACUUCACUCGCCGCCGUUCCCGACGACCUCAAGGCCAAGAUAGAAACGCUUGAGAUUCGGAGCAAGGCCCUGUUCGAGUGGUCUGAUGGAAACUUGGUCCAUGCCAUGAAAACUGGCCAAUUCUUCCUACUCGACGAAAUAUCCCUCGCCGACGACUCCGUUCUCGAGAGGCUCAACUCUGACAUUAACCAAAUUGUGACCCAGAAACUAGACAAGGAGGUCAAGGGCGUAGCCAGCAUAAUCGUGGGCUUUGCUACAUGGUUUGGUGAGACUUUCCGGUCUGCUUCCACCACUGCCUUCUCCAUUCGUGAGCUGUUGGUCUGGGUCCAGUUUGUCAACCAGUGCCAUGGCAUUGAUCCCGUAUUCGCGAUCGUUAACGGUGCCGCUACCGUUUUCAUUGAUAGCUUGGGUGCGAAUCCUUCUGGCUUAAUCGCAUUGGACUCUGAGGGUGUCAUCGUGCAACGACGCAACUGCUUGAACAAGCUUAGCGAAUUGCUAGGCUCCGAUAUCUCUUCAAUCUACGACUCAAAUCCCCAACUCACGCACGACGAUGCCAGAAUCAGUAUUGGCGGCUUUAGCGUCCCCGCAUUUCCCAUGAUGGUUGUCAGAGCCCUUCAAAUGCAGAAGCCCAUCCUCCUCGAGGGUAGCCCGGGCGUGGGCAAGACCACCCUCGUUGCGGCGCUCGCUCAGGUUUGCGGGCAGCCUCUGACACGAAUCAACCUAUCCGAUCAGACCGAUCUCAUGGACCUUUUCGGUACUGACGUCCCCGUCGACGGCGCCGAGGCGGGAAAUUUUGCCUGGCGGGACGCGCCUUUCCUUCGCGCGAUGCAGAAAGGUGAAUGGGUCUUGCUUGACGAGAUGAACUUGGCGUCCCAGUCAGUCCUUGAGGGUCUAAACGCCUGUCUGGAUCAUCGAGGCGAGGUUUACAUCUCCGAGCUUGAUCAAGUUUUCAAGAGACAUCCUGAUUUCCGCCUCUUCGCUGCGCAGAAUCCUCAUCAUCAAGGAGGCGGCCGAAAGGGUCUUCCAAGCUCGUUUGUGAAUCGCUUCGUGGUCGUCUAUGCGGAUGUAUUCUCUAGCGAGGAUCUCAAUCUCAUCGCGAGGAAUAGCUCGCCUGAUCUCCCGCUAGAGACUACUGAGAAGUUGAUUCGGUUCAUCACAGAUUUGGAGCACAAAAUCACACAGGACCGAUCCUUUGGUUCUCUGGGAGCUCCAUGGGAGUUCAAUCUUCGCGACCUCUUACGUUGGCUCCAUCUUUUGCAGAGCUCAGAUCCCCUUUUGGGCACUGCGAGAGUGGAUGACUUGCUUGACAUCGUCAUCAGGCAACGAUUCAGGACGGAGCGAGAUAGGCAGGAGGUGGCAAACCUAUUUGCGAAUAUCUUUGGCGAGCCACCGCGAACUCAUAACCUGUACCAUGAUAUAACCUCGUCUUUCUGUCAAGUCGGCCUGGCGUUGAUGAAGCGCAGCCAACUGGCCCAACCCGUUCGCCUGCAGAACGUUGAUCUAAAGCUUCGUCUUGCGGAUUUGGAGACGCUCAUGCUCUGCGUCACCCAAGACAUACCCUGCAUCCUCAGUGGUCCAUCUGGCUCCGGCAAGUCCGUUCUCAUCCAACACGUGGCUGCCCUUGCUGGGAAGUCCCUUGUUACUUUCCCGUUGAAUGCAGACGUGGACACCAUGGACCUUGUGGGCGGCUUCGAACAGUCUGAUCCGCUACGAGAAGUGAACGCUGUCCUCCGGGAGCUGAAAGAGACCCUCCAAGCUUCCACCUUGUCCGUGGUUCCGCAAAAGGCGCCCGCGGACGCUCUUCAGCUAUUGUACCUUUUGGAAACGACCGCUGAGGUACCGGACCCUUCUAUUCUUCUCCCCGUAGCUGAGAGACUGCUGUCAGUAGUAUCCGAGUCUUCUGAAGUCGGUGUCGUUCUCACACGAGCCGUCGCUGCCCUGCAAAAACCCUUGAUUGUCACGAAUCCGCGAUUUGAGUGGCUUGAUGGCGUCAUCAUCAAAGCCCUGCAGACAGGCCAGUGGCUGGUUCUAGACAACGCAAACCUCUGCAGCGCUUCGGUACUAGAUCGACUGAACUCUCUCCUCGAGCCCAACGGUUUCAUCAGCGUCAACGAGCAUUGCGAUCCCAACGGAGAGCCUAGGAUCGUGAGGCCGCAUCCUGACUUCCGAAUCUUCCUUACUACGGACCCAAGAUACGGCGAGCUGUCGAGGGCGAUGAGGAACAGAGCCAUCGAGAUUCAUCUUUUUGAACCCAUGCCCGAACGGGCCCAGCACCUCAGGUGGAUCACUCCGAUUGAGAGCACUCUUCAGCGCUAUCACUUCUCUUGGUCUGUGUCUGACGAUAGAUCUGCGUUGGCUCGCUCCAUGACAUCGCUCGCUCUUGAGCGGCUUACCAAGGCGGAUCUGAAUCUACUACCUCGAUUCGCCCAAGAUGCUCAAGCCCAUUUCUCUACUCACGGCGAGAUCACGAAGCAGCCCCAACAACUGAUAGAGUUUUUCCGCUCAGACAGUACCCGCAAACUCAGGUCGGCUGUCUCUGAUAUGUAUUCUUCGCUUUCUACCAUCGCAUCCCCCGACCUCGCCGAUAUUCAGCCCAUCUUCCCCGUCAAGAACUUUCCCAUGACCAUCCUCGUUUCCAGUAGUGUGGGAUCACAACCUUUCCGACUGGCCAUGUGCUAUGAGUACUACCAAGAUCUCCAGUCCUUGGACACAGAGAUUCGCGCCCAGGCCUCUGCUGCGAAGAACACCAAAAUUGCGUCGCUGAAUCGUCUUCAGCGUGCCUUUGUAGCCGAGCGAGUUACAGCCGUAGCCAAGGACUCUACGGUUGGCGCCGCCGACUUCUUCUCCACCUCUAUUAGCCUCGUCGAUGGCUUCUUGCGGCCCAACCACCCGGACGGCGAGUGGCAGGACCAGAACCGGCUGCUGCGUGGCAUUAUGCAUUAUCUACGUCGAACCCUACAGCUUGUGGCGGUACCCCAUGCGGCCUUUGAUGAGGCUGUCUUCCAGGCCCAUCUCAAUCAAGGAAGAGCCGUCCUUAAGAAGUUUCAGUCUUCGGAUCCGAAUACCCAGCGUUUUGUUCUCAACUUCCUCGCAAACCUCGACAAAUACUUUUCCUCAGGCUUCAGCCUGAAGACAGGUCUAGGGAUGGAAGAAAUUUGGCGCCCGUUUAGGCCCUGUCUCAUACCUGAUUCCGACACCCUUAGGCGAUCCGGCGAAAUUGUUGCCCUUGCUAGUCGCUUCGACACCCUUAAAUGGAAAACGGGGUCUUCUUUGGCAGAUCUGGCCAAGGCGGCAUCGACUUUGGCGACCGCGUUCGGCAUUGUGCGAUCCGGCAGAGCUGGAGCCGACGAGCUUAUUGGUGAGCUAACCAGGGAAAUCCAGUCUCUGGAGACUAGGAUUGGCCUAGAUUCUGCGGACAAGGCCCCCUUCUUCGCCGCUACCUUUGAAACUCUGCGCCAGAUCUCGAUCCUCCAAGCUUUCAAGCAGGGAGUCAGUAUCAAGGGCGAUGAGAUUGCUGUUUUAUCGAACGCGCCUGUCAUCGCCCAACUCUACCUUGAGGAUACAGAGGGCUAUGCUCAGCUGCUGCAGACUGUUGAUCACCUCACCUGCCAGAGCGCCGAAAAUUUUGCCUGGAAUGGGCGGCUCCUAACUUCCGUCCUGUCAAGGGCGGGUGGCAUAAAGAGUGCGAAGCUGAAGUCGCUCUCGUUGCUUGAAAUUGAGCUUCCACAGCUCACCAAGUUCCUUUCCCGGGCGUCUCGCGCAGUCACCUCGAGUGCGCUCACAGGCCUCAAUUCCAUCCUUCACAAGCUCAUCGUUAGUUUCAUCGAGGCGCUACAGCCCGGCCUCGGUGAGAAGCUGUUGGAUACCGAAAUUGCCCUUAGCCGAUUGAUGGUGGCCAAACCGUUCAGAUUUGAGAAUCGCAGCAGCUGGUAUCCUCAGGACCUCUUACAAUCAUUCUCGACCGCAGCGCCGCAUGUGCUCGAGGUCUUGGCGGACAACAUCCUCCCGGCCUGGUGCGCUUUGAAGUCAGCUUCCUUAAUCACCCCGGCGCGCAUCGCCUUGCAGCCUUCGCCUGGGUACAGUUUGCAGUUGGUGCACUCCGGCUCUAUAGCUAGCCUGCUAGACAAGGUAUCUUCUCUAGUGUCCUUUGAAUCGCAGUUUACCGGUCAGCUCUCGAACAUGCGCACCGAGUUGCUCGAGAAGGAGGUUGACGCGAUGGGCCCUCCGCCCCCUGGAGAGACAAAAGCCUACCGCCCUGAACGUUCCGAGCUCAAUCAAGUCCACGCAGAAUUUAAUAACGUACUCAAGGCUACGGUUUAUUCGGAGAUUGCGACCUCUAACCUCCAAGACCUCCCUGACGAGGCACUUCAUCUUGUCACCGAGAACGUCAGUCGAGUUAUCAACCGCCUAUCCGGAUACUUUGCGUCCUACCAAGAUAUGACCCGGCCCGUCGUGAACUUGCUGCGCGUCAUGCAAGUUGGCUUAUCUCUCAUCACGGAACCAACGGGUUUAAGCAAGUCAACUGCGGAACUCGUCUCCGUGACACCAUUCCUCGGCGGGAAUCUGCUAAACUGGACACCUGGCCUUCAAAACAAGACAUUCGAGUUUAUUGACUUAAUGACAGUCUCCUCAGCGAUUGACGGAGUUGACCGCCUGAGUGCGGAGGACCGAGAGGCUAUAUUCUCCUGCUUCCAUGCGUUUUACAACGAAUGGACCCUGAAACUUGAAGCGGACAGGAAAGAGGAAGAGGCUAGACAGAGUCUCUACCGCUUCAAGGGAAGUUUUGAGGACGAAGAGGAAAUGAACCAAGAGGAAUUCAACGAGCUGUUCCCGACGUUCGAAGGUGAAGAGGAUGAGCCGACUUCCAAACCCUCUGUCAAGAGGUUUCAAGUGAGAGAAAUGUCCAUCCGAGUGGCUGAAGCACACAAGAAGCUACUCGUCUCUACAUCCGAGGCCUUGUCGGCACUUCGAACUGCCCUGAUUUCCGUUGGCCGAAAGAUUGCUACCGAACUGUCGGAGAAGACCGCAGUCGACCAAGACAUCAGUAAAAAACUUCUUCCUGGCGUCCUCUUGACACUUGACGGCCAGCUGUCUUCCCUCCAGGCCGAUAAAUCGUCCAGCAGCUACAACUUCUAUACCGAUGCCAAUCUCCAUGAGGCGAGGCAACUCGUGCACUUGGCAAACAGUAUUGCGACUCGGUUCCGGGAGCUGCAACUUACCGAUGAGAUAGGUCAUCUCCAGCCAAUCGCCGAUGUCCGGUCCUCUUGCGAUACUGUCCUUGAGCUUGUGCACACCGAGCCGCUCGCCAAGUUGCUGCCCAAGGUAGAACAUCUGCAUGCCAUGGUCUACGAGUGGCAAUUUGGAGGCUGGGCAAGUCGCGUGCAUUCUGCGACGGAGCUUUAUGAUCGUUUGACCGCAUCCAUUGUCCGUUGGCGCCGACUAGAGCUUUCUACUUGGUCGAAACUUUUCGAAAUGGAGGUGGAAAGAUGUCAGGACGACGCAAACUCUUGGUGGUUUGUUGCCUACCAUGCGACGAUUGCCAUCCCUAUGGGUCUCCUUGAGAAGGGCGAUUUAGCAGAGUACGCUACCAAACUCGUCGGCGACUUGGAGGUGUACUUCUCCUCAGCCAUUCUUGGCCAAUUCUCAACUCGCCUAGGGCUGCUACGCCAAUUCCACAAGCACCUUGAGCUGUUGAGCCUGGACCAUCCGACGCUCUCCGUCGUACAUACUGCUGUUGGCAAUUUCAUCUCCAUGUAUCAUCGUUAUCAAAAGGCUGUCGAUGAGGGUAUCGCGCGAGGCCGCCUACCCCUAGAGAAGAAGAUGAAGGACGUGCUACUUCUCGCUAGCUGGAAGGAUACCAACAUAAACCACCUGCGAGAUAGCGCCCGGAAGUCUCAUCUAAAGCUUUUCAGAAUCGUUCGGAAGUUCCGCGAUGUCCUCAGCCAGCCCCUAAGUCUGCUUCUUGAAAAGGGCAUUCCCGAUGAAGAAUAUACCCUAACCGCAACUACCGGGACGAUGCCGAUCGCUUACGUUGACAAGGAGACCGUUGAGCUGGCGAACAAUGACAUGCUCAAGUGGCUAGAGCAAUUUAAGCCGCUCAUCAAUGUUGGCCAGACAGUAUCCAGAAUGACGCAAGUCGGAUGUGUCCCCGUGUACGUCACGGAGGCUGUCGAGGAGAUCGAGGAAUUCAUCACUAGCUUGACGACAUCAAUGCAGGAACUGAGAAAGGAGACGCCGGGAAUACUGACUGACGAGAAUAAAGAUCAAGUCAAGCAUCUCAAGGCCCGCAAGCGAAAGCUCUUCGCCGACGUUCUUCGUCAGGCAAGAGAAAUGGGCUUCGAGUACAAUCUGGACACCACGCGACUCGCUCAGCAGGAUUCACUUCCCGUCAUUCUCGCCUCUUGCGGCUCCUUAUCCGCCUUUGGACCGACCUCCAUCAACACCGCCGAGUAUUUCUUUCACAAAUUUGUCGACAUGAUGCCUAAGAUCAGGGCCACAACGACAAAUCACUCGGACGAAGUGACUGGUCGCGAGGUAGCGCGCAGCAUCGGGUAUCUCGAAGGAAUGCUUAGCGUCUCGCUCAAUCAGAGGCGUUCCCUCUCCAAAAGCAAAUUCAUCACCGACCUUGAGGAGACGGUUGCAGAGCUCAGAAGCGUGCAAAAGUCCGAGAUCAAGGGAAACCUCAGCCGGCCGAUUAAGCGCAAUAACUCGUCUAGGACUUUGAGGUGGUUGGUAGAAAUCUUACGAUAUGCUCUUCAGCUUCUCGAAGUGCACGCCAAACUCGGGGGCGCGGAUAGCUCUGCAUGCCAAGCAAAGUUACAGACAUGGCUGAGCGAUCUCGGGAGUCUUUCCUCCCAGGACCAAGUUACAAGGAAGAUGCCGACCGGCCUCAGCUCAACCCGUCGCGAGGUACUUGAGGCUCUUAUCUCCGAAAGACUGCAAGCUUUCGAGAACGACAUCAAGGCCAUGAUGCAAGAGUUCGACGGCGCCUCAUUCAUCCUUGGAGAACUUUUGAAUUGGACUCAAGUCUCGUUUGAGGAUAAACUCCGCAUCGAUUCCAUGGCCCGGUAUCUCAAGCGCUAUGUAGACAAGCUACAAGGUGUUGACCUUGCUAUCAAAGAGAGCGACCGGUCCGUCAUGGCUCUCACGGCCAUGGUUACUCCCAUCGUAGACCAGUACGCAAUUGUAUGCCGCACCAGCUAUACACGAUUCCUCGAGGUCCAUCGAUCGACUGCCCAGCUAGCGCACUGCCUCGGCAAGUCCUACACCCACCUAGCUUCCCAGGGCUUCUGCACUCCUCAAGAAAAGUCCGACGAGACUUCAGGAAAUGAAGGUAAACUCGAGUCCGGUACUGGCCUGGGCGAUGGGGAGGGAGCCGAAGAUAUAAGCAAAGACAUCCAGCCCGACGAAGACCUCACCGAACUAGCCCAGGAACCGAAUAAGGAGAAGGACGGGGAGAUUGAAGAUGAAAAGGAUGCUGUCGACAUGGCCGACGAAGACAUGGAGGGCGAGAUGGGCAGUGCUGCGGGUGAUGACGAGGAAGACGAAAAAGAGGGCGACGAAGGCGAAAGCGAGAACGAGAUGGAUGAGGAGACCGGUGACGUUGAUGAUCUUGACGCCACCGCUACAGACGAGAAGAUGUGGGAAGGUGAUGGCGAGGAGGCUGAGAAGGAUCAGCAAGGCGAGAAGCCUAAAGGACAGCAACAAAAUGACGAGCAAAUGGCGGCCGAAGCCCAGGAGCAAGACAUGUCUGAUCAGGACGAGGGGGAUAAAGACGAGACGGAGGCCGCGGAAGAGGAGCCAGAGGAUGAGUCAGAAGACAUCAAGCCACAGCAAGACGUAGAAAGGCAGGAUCAAAAUGUGGACGAGAGCGAGGCCUUGGAGUUGCCAGAUGACAUGGACCUCGAUAUGGGCGAUGAUCAAGGAUCUGGCGGGGAGGACGAUGAACUGGACGAUCUCGACAACCUGAGCGACACGGACGAAAAGGCCGGGGAAGAGGAGGAUACCAAUAUGCCAAACGAGGACGACGAGCCGGGCGACGAGACGAAGCCUGCAGAUACGGAAGGAGAGGAGCCUAAGGAGGCGGAAGCGGAAGACGAUGAUGUGGCCAACGAUGAUGCCGAUCCCCUUGAUGAGCAGGGUAUGGAGGAGCAAGGAGACGAGGCACAAGAGGAAAAGGACGAAGGGGAGCAAGAAGAAGACAAAGGCGUUGUGGAGCAGCCAUCGGCGGACCCCGUGGAUCUAGACCCCCAGGAUGUGGCGCCGAGCGACGUCAAAUCUGGUGGACAGGAUCAGAACAAGGACACAAUGGAUAUCGAUGAGGAUUUCCACAACAACUCUACGCGACAGGAUGAAGGUGCAUCCGGAGAUGGCUCGGACAGCCAGCAAGCCCAGCCAGGUGGCCAGGGUAAACUUUCCAAGCCAGAGGACGCGGCGCAGCAGCAAAACGAAGACGACACCCAGCACGACGACUCAGAGGCCAGCCGGCCUGAGCCUUUCCGGAAACUCGGUGACGCGCUGGAGAAGUGGCAUAGACAGCAGAAAGAAAUCCAAGAUGCCCGGCCAGAAGAGGAGCCGAAUGAGCAGACGAUUGGUGCGGCCACCGAGGACGAGGUCCAGCCCAUUGACGACUCGAUGGCGAUCGAUGAGGAGAAGCAAGACCCCUCCAGCAACGUUCUGCCCGACACGGAAGAGACGGAGGCUGAGCAGGACGCCGACCAAAUGGAUACAGGCGAUGCCGACGGAGCGGAAGAGGCGGAAGCCAAUAUGGACCCCGACGAUGGCCGUUCCGGUGUCAAGACAAGGCAGGGAGCCUAUGACGGCGAGAGAUCACCCUCUCCGCCCCUCAUCACAGAAGAGGACGUGGAUGAAGGCGAGGACGACGACGAGCAAUGGUCCGAGUUCCAGAACAAGACCCAGCCGCUCUCCCAGUCCCUCACCUCGCACCUCCGCCUCAUUUUGACGCCGUCCCAGUCCACCAAGCUCUCCGGAUCCUUCCGCACGGGCAAGCGGCUCAACAUCAAGCGCAUCAUCCCAUACAUCGCAUCGAGCUACAAGCGCGACAAGAUUUGGAUGCGGCGGAGCGUGCCGACCAAGCGGGCGUACCAGAUCCUCCUCUGCGUCGACGACAGCAAGAGCAUGGGCGAGUCCAACUCGGGAAGCCUGGCCCUCGAGUCCCUCGUCAUGGUCUCGCGUUCCCUCAACAUGCUCGAGGCGGGCCAAAUCGGCGUGGACCGCACCGACAUCUGCCUCCUCAUCCGCAACACCAUUGACCGCUUCCGCGCCGCCCGCCUUCAGGCCGACCGCGGCGGCGAGGACCUCUGGCAGCUCGCCCUCAUCCUGUCCGACGGCUUGACGCAGUCGGCCACACACGACUCGAUUCGUCGGCUGCUUCGCGAGGCUGCCGAGGAGCGCAUCAUGAUCGUCUUCAUCGUCAUGGACGACGCGACCAAGCGCAAGGGCGACAGUGUCCUCCAGCUCAAGGAGGCCCGCUUCGUCAAGGACGUCGAAGGCAACUCGCGCGUCGUUAUCGAGCGCUACCUCGACACGUUCCCCUUUCAAUACUACCUCAUCGUACACCACCUUGAUGACCUACCAAACGCACUAUCCGGUCUCCUUCGGACUUGGUUCGCCGAAGUCAACGCUUAG